GGUUUGUGUGCGGUGUUGGUAACAGUGUUAGUGGAAGCCAAGACGUCAACAAAGUGUUUGGUGUCGAGUCCUGCAGAAACCUAGUUAUUUAUUGUACAUUUAUAAAAAUCUGAAGCUCCUUUAUAACACAUUGUAAAUUACAGUUUCCAAGAACUUUAAACUAAGAAGAAAAUCUCUGAAAGGCAACACCAUAACACUGGUGAAGGAUGGGAUGUGACGGAGGCACCAUACCCAGGAGGGAUGAGCUGGUGAAGACCAAAAAGAAGCCUGAACAGAAAGACAAAAAUUCAGAGCGCCUUUAUCGCUGGCAGCACUGUGCUGUAUCCCAGGCCCCUCUACAGCCUCCCGUGGUGGCCUGUGAGCUUGGACGCAUGUAUAACAAGGAGGAGGUACUGACACGGCUCCUGGACCGUAGUGCUGAGCCAGCCAUGGCCCACAUUCGAGGCCUUAAGGAUGUAAAGGAGUUGGGUCUCACCCCCAAUCCUUCCCAAGUGCCUGCUGGGCCACUGACAGGAGAUGCUGCCCCAGAACAACUUACUGCUGAGCAUGUGUGUCCUGUCACCGGGCUGGAAAUGAAUGGCCGUCACCGCUUCGCCUUUGUGUGGACCUGUGGGUGUGUCCUCUCAGAACGUGCUCUCCGAGAGGUUCCUACGGAGACCUGUCACCGCUGUGGUGCCCCCUUCCAAGAAAAGGAUGUGGUGACUCUCAACCCUCCAGAAGAUGAACUGGAGGUUGUGAAGGCUGCCAUGAAUGCUCGCCGUGCUGCUGCCAAAGCUGCAAAGAAGGCCAAGAAGGAGGGCAAAAGGGCAGCUGAUGAAGAGGAACCACAAGGAACUAGUGGUAGCAAACCCAAGAAGGCUGCCAAGCACAGCGAAGGUGCUGCAGGUAUUAGUGGUGAAUCUUCAUCCAGCCGGCUGCGUGUGAAUGGCAUGGCAUCAGCAGUCCUCAGGGACAAGGCAUUUGACAAGGUGCGCUCAGCAGGCUUUAGUGUGGCUUCAGAUCCCAAGGCUUCUGAGGCAUACAAGAGUCUCUUUGAUACACACAAGACAGCUCUCAAAAAGCCAAGUGCCCAUUGGGUUACUUGUAAUCCCCAGUACUUCUAGUCUUUCAGUCCUGCCUACCUCAUCUCACUUCAUUAUUUCUUCCAACAUAUCUCUAUCUUGGCUCUAUGUUUAAUCAUGCUGCCUAUUUCCAUAGAUCAUAAAUGUAUUGUUACAUGUCAUUUGUCUUUUCCUUUUCUUAUCCUUCAUCCAUCCUCCACUGUCCUGUCUACCUCUCUUCUUUGACCUUUAUUACUUUAUUGCUUUUGAGAAUAAUCUCUCAAGUAUGUUUACUUUGGGAACAGUAUUGAGCAUAUAAAAGGAAACCAAAGAUCCAAGAAAAUAAUUGAUGUGACUGUACUUUGAAUUGUGACUGUACUUUGAAUACAGUGGUGUGUUGCUACAUUUAGGAUGAGCUGUUUGCAUUUUUAUAUCUUAAGGAAAAAAAAAAUUCAAAAGAGCAAAAUGGCUUUGUAAUACUGUAGCAUUAUUUCUAUCCUUUGCAACCUAUGUAAUGGUAAUUCCUUUUCAAUUUCAAACCUGUUUUCCUUCCUCUUAACAUUUUUUCUCAUUAAGGUAGACUCAGAUUUUCCAUUUCUCCAUUCUUUGCUGCUUUUACUGGCCUUCUAAAUUUCAUGCCCUUAUCCCAUCUGAUCUUCCUUAAGAUAAUUCAUGUUCACUUGAAGGAUCAUAUUUAAUUUGUAAAUAAAUAUGUAUUUGUCAGAGUAGACUAGACUGUGACAGACUAGUAUACCAUAUUUUUAUGCAGACAUUUUUUUUUUUUUACAAGGUUGAUUUGUUAUUCCUGCAGAUGAAAUAUUUACCUCUUUAGUAUAUUCAUUCCAUUCCCUGGGGUAAUUAAAACACCUUGGUAAUAGUUAUAUACCUAUUCUUUUUAAAAUCAGUCAAAAUAUUUAGAGUGCAGGAGGUGAUGUGUGAGAGGUUUAAGUUGAAGGCAGGCUUGGUAGAUCACAUACAUCAUAUACAUGAGAUCCACUUUACAUGUUGAAGAUAUAUUAGAAAAGUUUUUGGCACAACUUUAUGAAUGAAAUAAAAGGUAUGAAAUUUC